CAGUGAUGGCGGCCGCCGACGGCGUCGGGGAGGCCGCGCAGGGCGGGGAGCCUGGUCAGCCGGAGCCGCCGCCGCCUCCUCAGCCUCAUCCUCCUCCGCCGCCUCCCCAGCCGCCGCAGGAAGAGGCGGCGGCGGCGGCGUCCCCUAUGGACGACGGGUUCCUGAGCCUGGACUCGCCCACCUAUGUCCUGUACAGGGACAGAGCAGAAUGGGCUGAUAUAGAUCCAGUGCCGCAGAAUGAUGGCCCCAAUCCAGUGGUCCAGAUCAUUUAUAGUGAGAAAUUUCAGGACGUCUAUGAUUAUUUCCGGGCUGUCCUGCAGCGCGACGAGAGAAGUGAGCGAGCUUUUAAAUUAACCAGAGAUGCUAUUGAGUUAAAUGCAGCCAACUACACGGUGUGGCAUUUCCGGAGAGUUCUCUUAAAGUCGCUUCAGAAGGAUCUACAUGAGGAAAUGAACUACAUCUCAGCAAUAAUUGAGGAACAGCCCAAAAACUAUCAAGUGUGGCAUCAUAGGCGAGUGCUGGUGGAAUGGCUGAGAGACCCAUCACAGGAGCUUGAGUUUAUUGCGGAUAUUCUUACUCAGGAUGCAAAGAAUUACCAUGCCUGGCAACACCGACAGUGGGUUAUUCAGGAAUUUAAACUUUGGGAUAAUGAGCUGCAGUAUGUAGACCAACUUCUCAAAGAGGAUGUGAGAAAUAACUCUGUCUGGAACCAAAGAUAUUUCGUAAUUUCUAACACUACGGGCUACAGUGAUCGUGCUAUAUUGGAGAGAGAAGUCCAGUACACUCUGGAAAUGAUCAAACUAGUCCCACAUAAUGAAAGUGCGUGGAAUUAUUUGAAAGGGAUUUUGCAAGAUCGUGGUCUUUCCAAAUAUCCCAAUCUGUUAAAUCAAUUACUUGACUUACAACCAAGUCACAGCUCUCCCUACCUAAUUGCCUUUCUCGUGGAUAUCUAUGAAGAUAUGCUAGAAAACCAAUGCGACAACAAGGAGGACGUUCUUAAUAAAGCGUUAGAGUUAUGUGAAAUCUUAGCUAAAGAAAAGGACACUAUAAGAAAGGAAUAUUGGAGAUACAUUGGAAGAUCCCUUCAAAGCAAACACAGCACAGAAAGUGACCCGCCUACAAACGUACAGCAAUAACACCAUCUCGACGAACUUGAUGGGAUGCUUUUAUUUUUUUAAGAGACUCUAAUGAAGGAGUUAAAAACUAGAGCGAUCAUUCCCUUGGCCUGUGGUGUAAAGCAUACGACGCACAGGCACUGCUUUUUAACAUGAACUAAGUGUGAUGCUCCUUGGGUGCUGCUGCUAUUCAGACUAGUUCCAAGUAACUUGAUUUCUUUUUAAGCAGGGAAUUUGGGGGAGGGAGAGAAAACAGAAAGUCCCAUAAAGGAACUUUUGUAGUCUUAUCAACAUUUACUCUAACCCCUUAGCAUCAACUCCUCCCUGAGUGGUUUGUGUGUCAGGAUUUGCAGCGUUAAUGUUUGCAGGUAUGUAAAGGAUAUAAGUAACUUACCUUCCGGUUCAAAAAACAGGGAAUGCAGUUGUUAGAUCAGAGCUGCUCUGCCACACACAGCAUCAUGCUCUCGCUGUAACCAACUAAUGCCAAAAGAAUGGUUUUGUAAUAAAAUGACAGAUGUAU